GAGUCAACCUGAUAAGGAGAAAGCUAUUACUCCCGACCCUAUGCCUAAAAUAGAACAUAGUUCAACCCAGAUUCAAAAAGCUGAAUCAUCUACAACCUUUUUGCCACAAAAUAUUAUUGAUAUCAAUAUAGCCAAAACCUUUGAUUUUGUAGAAAUGAAACAUAAAGAACGUGUUACGGAACCAUUCUAUAAAAAUCAAAAUCUGGAAUUAUCUAUAAUAUUGCAAUCUAUCUCUAAUAGUUCUGAGUUAUCUUUAGAUAAUAAUUCAUCAAAUCAAUCUAAUUCAUCAUGUGGUUUUGAGUUCAAAUUGCCUACUAAUCUAUUGCCUAAUUAG